AUGAACUGCCCAUCGAGAACAGACGACGCCGAAUCGAAACAUCCAACCUGGAACCAGAACCCUCCUUUCCUGGCCGCCGACCUCACGACGUGCCAGGACCUCGACGGGAUUGCAAACUCGAGAGAACAUAAAGGAGGCAGUAAUGAGGCUGGCUGCUUGCUUCCCGUUGUCAAUACAAAUUAUUUGGAAAAACCCCCGGACGUUGCCGUUCCUGCACUGACUAGGGCGAGGUUCUCCUUUGGACUUGCCUCGCUCCGCAAGACGGUUGCCGGUGGUGAUGGCCGUAACCGUCUUCCAACUCCCUUCGUGACCUAUGCUCCCAUAAUCUCCUCUUUCUGGAGCUGGGCUACCUGGGGAUUUUCUGUCACCGUCACCUCUCUCCUUCUCUCAGUUCUUGGUAGAUACCGAGAAGUGAAUCUGCAACAUAUCGAAACCAAGGAAUUAAAUCUGGACGCUUCUGCACCGCUUCGCAAAAGGUCCACCUGCCCGAGGAAUGAUAUAAGCGAAGACCUCUACAACACGCCGCUCCAUGUUGGUGCUCUGUUCAUUAUCCUGUUCGUCUCGACAAUGGCAUGCUCUUUUCCUAUGUUAGCGACCCGGUUUCCUGGUCUGCGGCUCCCGGGACGCUUCUUCUUCGUCGUUCGGCAUUUUGGCACCGGGGUUCUCAUCGCGACCGCGUUUGUCCAUCUUCUUCCCACUGCAUUCGUCUUGCUCGGAAAUCCAUGCCUCUCUGGCUUCUGGACCGAUGAUUAUCCUGCAAUGCCUGGCGCCAUUGCCCUAGCUGGCAUCUUCCUAGUAACCGUGGUAGAGAUGGUGUUUCACCCGUCCCGACACAUUCGUCCUAUGUCUGAGGUUAGGACCAGCGGUGAACGUCCUCUGACUACCGAUGAAAUUGAUACCCCUCACACUCGCAACUCUCGAGCGGAUCCCACGGUUCCGCUGCGAAACAUGGGGCCUUUGGGCGGGAGAACUUCAAGCAUGGGUCGUAGCCUCUCUCGGGUCAAUGAUCGGAGCGAUUCGGACCAGAUAUCACGCGCAGACGAUCCGACAGUUAAAGCCCAGCCAGAAUCAACUGUGGAAGAACGUGGCGCCGACUUGUCCGUAAGUGCCCUGACUCCAGAGCAGAGGCACCGAAAAGCUAUAUUACAAUGUGUUCUUCUAGAGAUCGGCAUCCUCUUCCACAGCGUUUUUAUCGGCAUGGCCCUUAGCGUCUCGAUCGGCAACGAGUUCGUGAUUCUUCUAAUUGCCAUUACCUUCCACCAGACAUUCGAAGGCCUAGCUCUCGGAUCCCGCAUCGCCUGCAUCACCUGGCCCAAGAAAACUUUACAGCCGUGGUUGAUGGCACUAGCAUACGGAUGCACUACCCCUAUCGGCCAAGCCAUUGGGCUUGCAACCCAUUCGCUCUAUAGUCCAGACUCGGAGACCGGCCUUCUCCUCGUCGGCACCAUGAAUGCAAUCUCAGCUGGGUUGCUGACAUUUGCAUCACUGGUCGAGCUUCUGUCCGAGGAUUUUCUAAGCGAUGACAGCUGGAAAGUGUUGCUGGGCACCAACCGUGUGUGCGCCUGUCUCCUGGUUUUCUUUGGCGCCUUUUCCAUGAGCCUGGUUGGGGCGUGGGCGUAA